ACCUCGAUGUAUCACAUUCAGCUUCUCUCACCAUGUCUGGUACAACAAUGCGAACGAGUCAAGCCUUUGACCUUUUCACUUUCCUCAAUUUCUUUAAUCUUUUACAAAUACCGGAUUCGUCGUGGACAAUGUCGUUAUCUGAGAAAUCAGACGGAUUUUUAUUCCAGAAGUGUUUUAUUUCUAUCGGGAAAGCUCUGAUAUUGAAGUCAUGGACGUUGCGCGCCAAGUGUUUGUGUUAUUGUCUGUGUUAGUGGUGUGUUGGGGUUUAGAUAGAUGUGAGGCUUCUGGGAAGUUCGGCUUUGAAGUCCACCACAUGUUCUCUGAUGCGGUCAAACAAAGUCUUGGUCUUGAUGAUAUAGUCCCGGAAACGGGAAGUUUGGACUACUUCAAAGUUUUGGCACAUCGUGAUCGUUUGAUCAGAGGUCGAGGUCUUGCCUCCAACAAUGAUGAAACCCCGAUCACUUUCGACGGGGGGAACCUCACGGUUUCAAUCAAGCUUCUGGGAGCCCUGUAUUACGCCAAUAUCUCUGUGGGUACACCACCUUCUUCGUUCCUGGUGGCUCUGGACACAGGCAGCGAUUUGUUUUGGUUGCCUUGCAAUUGCGGUACCACUUGCAUCCGCGACUUGGAAGACGUUGGAGUUCCACAGAGUGUACCACUUAAUCUAUACACUCCCAACGCAUCUACCACGAGUUCUAACAUUCGAUGCAGUGACAAGCGUUGUUUUGGAUCGAGAAAGUGUUCUUCUCCUGCAAGUAUUUGUCCUUAUCAGGUUUCUUACUCUAAUAGCACAGUUACCACGGGAACAUUAGUACAGGAUGUAUUACAUCUUGCCACGGAUGAUCAGGAUUUAAAGCCUGUCAAAGCUAAUGUAACACUUGGUUGCGGUCAGAAGCAAACAGGUCUAUUCCAGAGAAAUAUCUCAGUGAAUGGUGUUCUUGGGCUUGGUAUUAAAGAGUACUCUGUUCCGAGCCUUCUGGCAAAAGCCAAUAUCACCGCAAACUCCUUCUCAAUGUGUUUCGGGCGUGUCAUCGGCAUUGUCGGGAGAAUCAGUUUUGGAGACAAAGGCUACACAGACCAGGAGGAGACUCCAUUCAUUUCUGUUGCACCAAGUACGGCAUAUGGUGUGAAUGUGACGGGGAUAUCAGUAGGGGGAGAUCCUGUUGACGUUAACCUGUUUGCAAAAUUCGACACUGGCUCAUCAUUUACACACUUGCUGGAGCCAGCAUAUGGGGAACUUACCAAAGCUUUUGACGAUCUUGUCGACGACAGGCGACGCCCAGUUGAUCCCAAGGUUCCAUUUGAGUUCUGUUACGACUUGAGCCCAAACACCACAACCAUAAAAUUCCCCUUAGUAGAGAUGUCCUUUAAAAGAGGAGCCAAAAUCAUUCUCAAUAAUCCCUUUUUCACGGCACGGACUAAGGACGGUAAUUUAAUGUACUGCUUGGGUGUUCUGAAGAGCGUAAAUCUCAAAAUUAAUGUCAUCGGACAGAACUUUUUGGCUGGCUACCGCAUUGUAUUUGAUCGGGAGAGGAUGAUUUUGGGUUGGAAGCCGUCUCUAUGUUUUGAAGAUGAAAGCUUGGAAUCUACGACUCCUCCACCACCAGAGAUCGAAGCUCCAGCACCAAGUGUAUCCGCUCCAGCACCUAGUCCUCCUCCUCCUGUUGUAUCUGCUACACCACCUGCAAUUGACCCUCGUAACUCCACAGGAGGCCCUAACACAGGCGGCGCAGCCAGCCUCAUCCCUCUCACAUCUCAACUCCUACUUCUCGUACCUCUUUUGGCCUUCCUCUGAAUCACAGAAGCCAUUUGUUUUGUGUUGGUUUGACCAUUACAUGUCCAUGUAGUAAUAAUUUUCGUUUGAUGUGCAAAACAAUAUUCAUUGGUUUGAGAGUGGUAAAUCUUAUCUCCCUGUUACAAAUGUCUGGUUUUUGUUACACUAAUGUUUUGGCUAUAUAUCAAAGUGCGCGGAACCGUUGCGAUGCAUUUGUCAAA